CAACACUAAUACUUGGACCAACUCGUACCGCGCAACGCUUCUCCUGUUGUUCUAUCGCCGCCGUUGGUCACCACCGACCUUCCUUCUCCGCCACGAUUCCUUCAUCCUGUACACGUCUCCGUAGUGGAUCGAGGCUGACAGAGAAGUUGGAGCUUGACCGCAAUGAGGGGAAGGAGCUACACUCCGUCACCACCAAGGCGGGGUUAUGGGAGGAGGGGUCGAAGAAGCCCAAGCCCUAGAGGAGGAGGCCGUUAUGGUGGAGCUCCUAGUGUCGACCUCCCUACCAGUCUUUUGGUUCGCAAUCUACGCCAUGACUGCAGGCAAGAAGAUCUCAGGAGGUCAUUCGAGCUGUUCGGGCCUCUUAAGGACAUCUAUAUGCCUAGGGAUUACUAUACUGGAGAUCCGCGAGGGUUUGGUUUCGUACAGUUUGUGGAUCCUGCUGAUGCUGCUGAGGCAAAAUAUCAAAUGGAUGGUUACCAUCUACUUGGGCGUGAGCUGACUGUUGUGUUUGCAGAAGAGAACAGGAAGAAACCGACUGAAAUGAGAGCAAGGGAGCGUGGUGGAGGAAGGAGCGUAAGGUCUCGAGACAGGAGGCGUAGUCCCCCUCGUUACUACUCUCGCUCUCCUCCACCUCGACGUGGUAGAUCUCGGUCACAGAGUGGUGAUUAUUAUUCUCCUCCCUCUACAAGACAUCACUCAAGGUCUAUCUCUCCCAGGGAAGAACGAUAUGCUAGGGGGAGAUCAUACUCGCGCUCACCCGCCUACAAUGGCUCCAGGGGUCGCAGUGUAACUCCAGCUAGAAGUAAGAGCCGCCGCAUAAGCCGUAGCCCAAGUCCAGGAAGAAGCAUUAGCCCUAGUCCGAGAAGAAACGUAAGCCGUAGUCCAAGCCCGAGGAGAAGCAGGAGCAACACACCUGUACCAGCCAGAGGCCGCAGCCCAAGGAGAAAGAGGAGCAACACAUCUGUACCAGCCAGAGGCCGCAGCCCAAGGAGAAAGAGGAGCAACACACCUAUACCAGCCAGAAGCAGCCCUAAGAGAAAGAGGAGCAACACUCCUGUACCAGCUACAAACCGCAGCCACCGUGAGGAGGAGUACGAAGACCGUUCACCAAGCCAGUGAUCGUUUCUUCACUCUCUUAUCCUAAGACAAAAGUUGUGAUGAUUUGAAAAGAUGAGAUCUAUGUAGAGGUCGAAUGUUGGCUUUUUUAUGUCUUGAUGGUUUAUUGAGUAUUUUGGGAACA